AUGUGGCAGCAGCGUCAGGUGCUUUGCUCCCUGUCAUUGGUGUUGGGAAUGCCAAUGUUAAGGGAGCUAAUGGGGAGCUUGUGGGGCUUGGGAAUGUUCUGCUGGUUGAAGGCUUGUCUGCUAACCUUCUCUCUGUGCGGCGACUGCAGAAGAGCAAGGCCGAAGUGACCUUUGGACCAUCCAGCUGCCGUGCUAAGCUUGGGAUGAAGGUGUUGUGGAGUCUGGAAGAGGAGACCAGCUGCAUCAAGGACCUAUGGCAGCUCUCCAUCAUCCCUUGGAAUGGGAAGACUCCAACAGCAUCAACGGCAGCAGCGGCAAAGGCAACAGCAGGAGGAGAUGCAACUGCACCAACUGAUGGGGUCAUGGAAGCAGUCAAGAAAGUGCAGAAGCAGCUGACACAUGGCAAGGUGCUUGCUGGUGUGGAUGUGAGCGCGGCAUGGGCCAAGGCUUCAUCUAGGAGUGGUGAGGCCGAUUGGGAGACAUGGCAUGAGAGGCUGUGCCAUGUGAACUUCCCUAUGCUGCAGAAGUUGGUGAAGGAUGGGAGCCUGAAAGGAUUGGAGGUGAAAGGGGGAGUGAAGGAGAUUGGGAGCUGCCUUACAUGCUUGGAGACCAAGUUCUCCAAGUUCCCCUUCAACAGCACUACAGGACCAGCCAAGACCCCACUUGCACUUGUGCACAUGGAUGUGGUGGGGCCCACAAGAGCCCCUUCCCUCUCAGGCAGCCGCUAUUUCUUGACAAUUGUGGAUGACCACACUCGGGCAGUGUGGGUUUACCCUUUGAAGAGCAAGGGGGAGGUGGCAGCGGCUGUCCUUGAGGAGUGGAUGCCUAGAGCUCAGAGGGAAUGCGGACACAAGGUGAAGGUGAUCCGCAGUGAUAAUGGUGGGGAGUUCAUUGGAGCUGAUUUUGAGGGGGAGUUGAAGAGGAAGGGGAUCCAACAUCAACUAACAGUGCCCUACAACCCGCAGCAGAAUGGCAUGGCUGAGAGGUUCAACAGGACCCUGCAGGAGGGGGCACGCACUCUCCUUGGGCGUGCAGGGCUGCCUGAUCCGUUUUGGGUGUCUGCACUGAGGCAGGUCGCCCUUGUGAAGAACAGGGUGCUGGCUACAGUUGGGGAUAAGGAGUGGAUCCCAUAUGUCAAGUGGUAUGGGAGUGCUCCAGCUGUGAACAUGCUGAGGGCAUUUGGGUGCAUGGUGGUGUUUCAUGUGCCUAAGGAGAAAAUGGGAAGUUGGAGGCUUCUAGAAGAUGGGGUGUGCACUUGGGGAUUGCAAAGGAUCACAAGGGGUGGCUGCUAUGAGACUUGACCACCUAGAGGCUGACAGUGUCAAGGGAUGUGAAGUUUCUUGAGUCCCUGUACUACAAGGAAUGGAAGCAGCAGCAACAGAAGCUUCCAUCUACACCACUAAUUGUGGAGGCAGAUGAGGUGCAGCGGCCUUCAAGACAGGUGGAGGUUGCAGUGUCUGAGGAGGAGAUGUCUGGGGUGACUGAGGAAGGGGGAGCAGCUGAAGUGGAGCAGCAGCAGCACCAGCAGCAUGAGUCUCCACCUCGAGUUCCACACCCGCCUGAGCGACCUAGGAGGGAUGUGCGUCCUCCAGUAAGGCUGACCUAUGGGGGAAAAGGCAAGUCGAAUGUGGUGCAGGCUGGGACUGUGGUUGAGCAAAUUGAGGAAGAUGAGAUUGCGUUGUGCUAUUGGGCUGCAAUUCCUCAGCCUAAGGUACUGACGCUAGCUUCAACUCAGUGAAAGCGGAUGGCACCAGCAUUGGGGGUUAUGUGUGCUUGCUAGGAGGUGGUGCUGUGAGCUGGCGCAGCAAGAAGCAGAAUGAGGUGGGAUUGUCCUCAUGUGAGACUGAGUACGUGGCCUUAUACCUUGGGGUCAAGGAAGUGGUAUAGCUGAGGCGUUUGUCGGAGGAGUUGGGAGUUGGUCAGGAGGAGCCGACAGUUGUGUUUUGUGACAAUGAGUCUGCUGUGAAGCUCGCCAAGAAUGCUUGUCUGCAUGGGCUGACAAAACACAUAAGGCCUAAGUGGCAUUGGGUGAGAAGACUCCUUGAUAAGGAGGUGCGGCUGGAGAUAGUGAAGACCCAUCAGCAAGCAGCAGAUAUUUUCACUAAGCGUCUGGCGGAGGCGGAUCAUUGGAAGGGCAUGAAGCUUGCAUUGAGUGUGCAUUGAGUAUGCAUUGAGUGUGCAUUGAGUAUGCAUGCUUGAGAUGUUGGUAUGGUGGAUGAUGGUUGGCAGCCAGAGGGGGAGAUUGUUGUGUGAUGUCAUCAUAUGCUAUCACAUUCUGUCUGCCUCCCAUCCCUUGUUUCAAUUCGCAUGUAUGGUUUGACUGUGUGUGAAAGAAUUUGUGUGGUGUGUGUUAUGGAGUUUGGGAAUGUGUUUUGUGUUAUUCUGUCUGAGCAGGUAUUUGUGAUGAUAGAUCUUGAGAAGAUCUUUCCGACGCAACAAGAAUCCCUUCAAUCGGAGCAAGAACGCGAAAGCUAUGAAGAUUCCA